AUGAAGCUCUAUGACUACGAGUACACACAUUUCUUGAUAAUUCUGUGUUUAUUUACAAACACACAUUCCCUUGUACAGAGCGAUUUUUCAGAAUCAGGUUUGGAAGAGCUUCUGAGAAAAAUAAAUGGAGUGAACAAUGUUCCAGGACAUUCUAGAGUGAAGAGAAAAUCAUUUCUUAACUUUAACCGGAAAUCACACAAGCAAGCUGUUGAUGAGGAAUUCAAAGAGUAUGAGAAAUGUUUAAAGAAGCGCGAGGAAGAGAGAAAAGCUGGUAAGAAUAUCAUUCGUGGAUUGCUAGCGUUAGAGGGACAAACAGUCAGACUUAGCUGCAACCUUUGUCCGCGACCUGAUCAAGACUUCGCCAAGUUAGAGAUAAUUGACUGGCAACAGCUUCGACGCCAAGACUCUGAAUUUGUAUUUGUUAAUCAUAACAGAGGGCGCGUGAAAAUAGACAGUGGUACACGCGAUCUUAUCUUUGACCCAGUAGAUGUACUUGAUGCAGGUCAAUACUUUUGUAUAAAUACUUACUACAGGGAAUAUGAGGAAAUAUAUCAAUUGGAUGUGUUAUUCAGGGAAAGACUCAAGACGACAAAAUAUGAGGAUAUUGAGCAGCAAAAAGACAAGUUUUUAGGAGAUUAUUUGCUAAGGGAAUUCAACAUUAUGACCUUCACAGCUUGGUCUGAUUGGACAGAUUGUCAGGACUGUAACCAAAAAAGUGUCAAACGAAGGGUGGGCUUAUGCAUGGUCAACAAAAUAGAUAAAGAACUUCCGGUUCUACCAUUUGACCUACCAACCAUUAACCUUUACCCUGAUGGCGUCCCAUGUCGUUCAACCGUAUUGUCUAAAGAACUGGCAUCAAUUAAUCGUAUCAAAAUGAGGCGGAGCGAAGUGUGUUUGGCGGAAUGUUAUAAAGAUUGUCCUACAACACCAGGGUUUGUUCUCAUUACAGACAAAUCCGGAAAAGUCGUGGAGACAGUAGAGGCUGGAUUUUACUCUCUAAAAGACAAGCCCAAACUUCCACCUAUGGUUGUUCGUCGGGUACUCUUUGAACCUAUCAACAAACAUCUUAUCAUGAAAUGUCCGAACAGCAAGAAAUCCAAGGCUUUGAUCCGAUGGCAGAAUGGUACUGUCGUUAUAAAUCCUCGGACUAUUAAACGACAGACUAGAGGACGUGUGUUUAUCGAUACCAUUAACAGACUCCACAUCCGGCGCCUGCGCAUGACCGACACUGCGCCUUACAAUUGCUGGAGCUCUACUGUUCACUUGGCAACUAUCAAAGUAAUCGUCACGGAGGCCAAUAACGACAAAAAGCUGAAAGAGUACAUCACUCUUGGCGGACUCUUUCUGACAAUUAUUUCUAUCUUUUUUAUACUUAUAUGCACUUUGUGCAAAAAGAAACAGAAAAGUGCUAAGUAACAUUUAUUGUCAUACUUUUAAAAAACUAAGGCA